UUGCCAGAGAUAAUCCUGAGAAGAUAUGAAAAUGAUAGCCCUGAGAAUUUAAACUCAAUAAAAGACUGGGAUAGGGUGUAUGAGUAUAAGCAGCAGAAAGUAUGUUACAAUGGACUAGACGAAAGUUUAACAGCUAUGCAUGGUAAAAAUCUACCAAUGCAGUAAAGGUUUCAAAGUUGUCAGAAAAUUAUCAAAUGUAUAUAAACACAAGAUGAUAUAUACCAGGGAGAUAACUUUUGAGUGUAAAAAAUAUGGGAAAGCCUUAAAUCUAUGGUCAAACUUUGGUAAACAUAAGAUAACCCAUUUUGUGGAAAAGAAGUACAAAUGUAAAGAAUGUUGCAAAGUCUUUAAAUCUCGCUUAAGACUGUCUAAGUGCAGGGGACUUCAUACUGCAGAGAAAAUCUCCCAUUGUGAGAAUGAUGACAAGUGUCUUAGCUAUAAGACAAUUUAUAAUACAGAGAGACCCUACAAAUGUAAAGAAUGUGCCAAAGCCUGUAACAAUUACUCAAACCUUUUUGUAGAUCAAAGAAUUCAUUCUGGAGAGAAACUCUACAAAUGUGAAGAAUGUGGCCACUGCUUUAACAAUUCCUCACAUCUCUCUGUACAUAAAAGAAGUCAUUCCGGGGAAAAACAAUAUGAAUGUGAAGAAUGUGGAAAAGCCUUUAACUACUCCUCACACCUUUCUCGACAUAAAAGAAUUCAUUCUGGGGAGAAACCCUACAAAUGUGAAGAAUGUGGAAAAGCCUUUAGCCAGUACUCAAAUCUUUCUGUGCAUAAAAUAAUUCAUUCUGGAGAGAAAUCCAACAAAUGUGAAGAAUGUGGCAAAUACUUUAAGAAUUCCUCAAGGCUCUCUGUACAUAAAAGAAUUCAUUCUGGGGAGAAACCCUACAAAUGUGAAGAAUGUGGCAAAGCCUUUAACGAUUUGUCAAGCCUUUCUGUACAUAAAAGAAUUCAUUCUGGAGAGAAACCAUACAAAUGUGGAGAAUGUGGCAAAUCCUUUAACAAUUCCUCAAAGUACUCUAUACAUAAAAGAAUUCAUUCUGGGGAGAAACCCUACAAAUGUGAAGAAUGUGGCAGAGCUUAUAAUGAUUCCACAAGCCUUUCUGUACAUAAAAGAAUUCAUUCUGGAGAAAAACCAUACAAAUGUGAAGAAUGUGGAAAAGCCUUUAACCAGUACUCAACCCUUUCUGUACAUAAAAGAAUUCAUUCUGGAGAGAAACCCUACAAAUGUGAAGAAUGUGGCAAAGCCUUUAACAAUUCCUCACAUCUCUCUGUACAUAAAAGAAUUCAUUCUGGGGCAAAACCCUACAAAUGCCUAGUAUGUGGGAAAGCAUUUAAUUAUUACUCAAAUCUUUCUAGACAUAAAAGAAUUCAUUCUGGGUAGAAACCCUACGAAUGUCCACAAUGUGUAAACAUAGAUUAUACUGGAGAAAAAUCACAGUAUGACAGUGUGAGGAAGCUUUAUGCCAGUAAUCGCAGUUUUCUGUACACGGUAGAAUUCAUGUUGAACAGACAUGCCAAGAAUGUGAAGAAUGUGACAAGUGUUUAA